AUGCAGUGGAAGGCCCUCGUCUUUGCUCGCCUGGUGCAGCAUGCCGCCGCCCAGGGCACCAUGCCCAUGCUGCGCUUCCAGUGCUCGCAGCUCGUCGUCGACCGCAUCGAUCCGCUGGUCAACCCCGGGCUGGUGCCGUCGCCGCACGUGCACCAGGUCGUCGGCGGCAACUCGUUCAACGCCACCAUGGACCCGUCGACGCACGACCUGCCGACCCUCUCGACCUGCACGACCUGCACCUUUUCGGACGACUUUUCCAACUACUGGACGGCUGUCUUGUACUUUAAGGCGCGGAACGGCACCUACACGCGCGUGCCCCAGAUCCCCAACCCGGGCUUGCAGGGCAACGGCGGCGUGACGGUCUACUACAUCCCGUCGGCCGACAAGGGCACGCCCGUGACCGCCUUCAAGCCGGGGUUCCGCAUGCUCGUGGGCGAUGCCGGCGCCCGCACGGCGGAGCCGGCGCACAAAGUGUGCCACCGCUGCAUGCCCGUCUCGGGCGACAACCGCAACCUGAACUGCGCCGCGCCCGACGCCCAGACGCUGCCGACCACGUUCUGCGCCGGCGGCAUCCGGUCCGUCAUCACGUUCCCGACCUGCUGGGACGGCAAGAACAUCGACUCCGCCGACCACAAGGCGCACGUCGCCUACCCCAGCAGCGGCACCAGCGGCCCCAACGACGUCGGCAGCAACGGCGUCUGCCCGGCGUCGCACCCCGUCCGGAUCCCGCAGGUCAUGCUCGAGACCAUCUGGGACACGCGCGCGUUCAACACAGAGGAGCUGUGGCCCGAAGACGCUGCGCAGCAGCCGUUUGUCUGGAGCACCAACGACGCCCGCGGCUUCACGCAGCACGGCGACUACGUCUUUGGCUGGAAGGGCGACUCGCUGCAGCGGGCCAUGGACGCGCGCUGCACCGGCGACACCUGCAGCGCGCUCGCCGUGCAGACGACGGAGCAGGCCACCAAGUGCUCGGUCCAGCAGGUCGUCAAGGAGAAUGUGAAUGGAUGGCUGUCACAUCUUCCCGGUAUGCAGCCGGAUGCAAAUGGGGCGGCACAGACGUGA